CUGUGUAGUGACUGUCUAAGCCAGAUUAAUGCAGCCCCUGCUCCGAGCAGCUCGCUAUCUUUGUAAAGUGCCAAACUGCAUGCUAAACAGUCACGCUAAGAUCGUCACAGCCUUCAUCUUGGAGGCAGAGAGAGCCUGCUGGCGCUCCCCUGACAACAACAGAGGCGUUACCCGGAAGAGCCAUACAUUCCUGCCUAAAAUAUUUAGAAAAAUGUCUACUCAGUCAUCGAAAGAGAGGCCCGAAAAUCUGCAGUUUCCAUUCCUUGAUGACGACACUACCAUGUCUACAGUCAAAGAGUCUAAAACCCUUUUUAUCAUAAGAGGCCUGCCUGGCAGUGGGAAAUCCACUCUUGCCCAGGCUAUUCAAGACCAGUAUAAGGAUGCCUGCAAGGUCAUUUCUGCUGAUACCUAUAAAAUUACACCUGCAAUAAGAAGCUCCAUUCCUGAAGAUUAUUCAAAGUUGGAUGAGGAUUUAGUUGACUAUUGCAAGCGAGACAUCAGUGUUGUUGUUGUGGAUGAUACUCACCAUGAACGGGAACGGCUAGACCAACUCUUUGAUAUUGCUGACAAAUACCAGUAUAAAGUCCUCUUUGUUGAACCCAAAACACCUUGGAAGAUGGACUGCUUGCAGCUUAAGGAUAAGAAUCAGUGGAAACUGUCUGUGGAAGAUUUGAAGAAGAUGAAACCAAGCUUGGAGAAAGAUUUCCUACCUUUGUAUUAUGGAUGGUUUUUGAGCAAAAAGAGCUCUGAGAACUUGAGGAAGACCGGGAAAGCCUUUUUAGAUGAGCUCGGAAGUCUUAAAGUAUUCAAAAAGGAGUCUAAGUACUUUCUUCCUGCUGAAGAUCCCAAAGUAAAAUUGGACCUGACCAGCUACUUUGCGACAAGGCCACCCAGCGUCUUGCACUGUACUACAAAAUUUACUGACUUUGGAAAGGCUAUGGGAGCUGAUGAAUAUGCACAACAAGAAGUUGUGAAGGCUUCCUACGGAAAAGCCUUUACCCUGACUAUCUCUGCGCUGUUCCUCACAACAAAAACAGCUGGUGCUCGUGUGGAACUGAGUGAGCAAGAACUGCUGCUGUGGCCGGGAGACGUCGACAAGAUCCUGCCUACAGACAACCUGCCCAAAGGCAGCCGGGCUCACAUUACCCUUGGAUGCGCCAGUGGCAUAGAACCGGUCCAGACUGGAAUUGACUUGCUGGAGUUUGUCAAGCUGGAAAAGGCAGGGACCAAAGAUGAUGAAAUUGAGGAAAUUGGUGGAGGGAAACUGCAGUACUUUGGCAAUGGCAUGUGGAUGCUCCUACUUUCUAAAAAGAUUGAAGUGAAAGCUAUUUUCUCAGGUUACUAUGGCAAGGGAAAGCUAGUGCCGACUCAGGGAAGUAACAAGCGAGGCUCUGCCUUCAAUCCCUGCACUAUCAUCUAAGUGCUCCAGCCCUGCAGUCUGGUUUUUUGUUUUUAAGACAAUAACUUGGGUAACCUUUAUAAAGCUGUAAAAAGAAAGUUCUGUGUGUACUAAAGUAGCCCUUCUGCAAACUCUAGUAUGAAGUGUCUCUCCUGGGACAAUGAAUUGGCCCUCAGGAAGGAAAUUGGUGACCUGACUAAAGGAAAACUAAGUGGCUAAAC